AUGCCAUUCGUACAAGCAGGCUCCCAUAGCCUACACUACACAGACUCCCACCCAACCGGUGCACCAACACCUUCCGGCCUAACAUUCAUUUUCGUCCAUGGCCUAGGCUCCUCGCAAAACUACUAUUUCCCCGUCAUCCCACACCUCACCCCGAAUCACCGCUGCAUCACCAUCGAUACCUACGGCGCCGCGCGCUCCCCGUACACCGGCGACACGGUCACGAUCCCUAGUAUCGCAGACGAUGUCGUUGGCGUGUUGGACGCGCUGAACGUAGCCAAGGCCGUGGCAGUCGGCCACUCGAUGGGCGGGUUAGUCGUUAUCGAGCUGGGCGCCAGGUAUCCGGACCGCGUGCUGGGCGUUGUACCCAUUGGGCCGACCCAUCCGUCGGAAAUGUUGGUGUCGGUUAUGGGGAAGAGGGCCGAGACGGUGCUGGAAGCUGGAAUGGAACCGAUGGCCAACACCAUCCCCUCCGCCGCCGUCGGCUCCCGGAGUACCCCUCUACAGCGCGCCUUUAUCCGCGAAUUGCUUCUGGGCCAGAACCCCAAGGGCUAUGCGGCUCUCUGUCGUGCUAUUGCGAGUGCGCAGGCUCCGGAUUACGCUGCGGUUCGUGCGCCAUUCUUGCUUAUUGCGGGUGAAGAGGAUAAGUCCGCGUCUAUGGAGGGGUGUAAGUUUAUUUUUGAGCAUGUGUCGAGUCAGAGCAAGGCUAUGGAAGUUUUGGAGGGGGUUGGGCAUUGGCAUUGUAUUGAGGCUCCUGAUGAGGUUGGGAGGUUGAUUGCGCGGUUUGCUGAGGGGAUUAGCGCUUAG